AUGAGCACACUUUGGGAAUCUGCCCAUGAGAAAGAUAAAGAAGAAGAAAUAAAUGGCACAAUAAGGAAAAAGAAAAUAUAUGUAGAAAAUGGGAGAGACGAGAGUUUAAAUUUUUUGGUUCCAGUUUGGGUAUUUUCUAAACGAAAAAGGUUUGAUCUAUUGGAGCUAGUAGAGAAAAAGAGAGCUCAGGUUCUUUGGGCAGCAGUGAAGGGAUCCGAUUUAGGCAAACAAAAAAAAGAGAAAGCUGGGUUUUGUGGUGACAGGUUUGUGAGUGAGGAAGAAAGAGUUAGUUGUUGCUGGUUUAUGAGUAAGGGAGAAAGAGCUGGUGCUGGGAAGCAGCCACAUAAGGCUCCGAACAGUGCUUUCCCAAAGCAGACCGUGGAUUUAGAGGAGACUUGGGCCAACCUAGCUCAAUUUGAUUCAAUGGUGGUUGGGAUGUAGAUUGAGAUGUCCACUUGCAUCCAUCUUUUGGUAGGUAUCUUGGCAUUAAGUAGUCAUAAUUCCCAUCGAGAGUCACUCCGCUGACGGUCAAGGUCUUUGUAUAUGCUUAAUGUGAAUUGUUAAGAUACAUUUGACAAGCUAUUUGUGUA